AAGGAUAAAAUAGUCGGUCUUCUUCCCCAAUCUGGUUUUUGAUCCAAUCGUCCUAAAGUCCUUACAAACAGACAGAUACGUAAUCGGAAGCCUGUCCGACAUCAAAAGAAAAAUUCAAUUUAGUGAAAAUGGCGGAUCAUAGUUUGGUUAUAGAAGCAGGAGGAGAACUGGAGAGUCCUCUUGUUCGUCGGUGCAUCGAAGCGGCAACACAAAGCGCAGACGCCGUAGAAAUGUGGCGGAGACAGCGUCGGACGCUCGAACGCUUGCCAUCUCAACUCGCUGAAGCUUUACUCCACCGGCUUCUCAGCCGCCGCCUCCUAUAUCCAUCUCUUCUCGAAGUAUUCAAAUACAAUGUAGAGAAGGUUGAUCUGAGAGGUGAAAGCUCUGUUGAUGCAGAAUGGAUGGCAUAUCUUGGUGCCUUUCACUUCUUGUACUCUUUAAAUGUUUCCGAAUGUCAUAGAAUCAACAGUUCUGCACUUUGGUCUCUCUCAGGUAUGAAUCAUUUAAAGGAGAUGGAUCUUUCUAGAUGCUCUAAAGUCAAUGAUGCUGGCAUUAAACAUCUUCUCUCUAUUCGAACCAUUGAAACGUUAUGCAUAUCAGAAACAAGUGUAACCACAAAUGGUGUCACACUUCUCUCAUCACUCAAAAAAAUAUCCAAGUUGGAAUUGGGAGGCUUGUUUAUUACCGACACUGCCCUUGUAUCUCUUCGGGUUUUGACAAAUUUACAACACCUUGAUAUAUGGGGAAGUGAUGUAACAAACGAAGGCGCAUCUAUUCUUGUCAAAUUCCCAAAUCUAAACUUUCUAAAUCUCGCGUGGACAAAAGUGACAGUAUUGCCAAAUUUGCCCUCCAUUACAUGCCUAAACAUGAGCAAUUGUACUAUACAUUCCAUCUUUAAAGGGGGAUUCAAUGACAAUGACAAUAAGGCGACAUUAAAAAAGUUAAUUCUUUCUGGAACUUCAUUUAAAGAUGUUACAAAAGCCUUUUCAUAUUUCGAUCCCAUCUGUCUAUCUUUUUUAGACUUAUCAAACUCCUCUCUUCGCGACCUAUCUUUUUUGCUAUCCAUGAAAGCCCUAGAAAACUUAGAUCUGAGUGGGAACUUAAUCGGGGAUGAUUCGGUUGAAUUUAUUGCAUCUGUAGGGGCAAAUUUGGAAACUUUGAAUCUUAGCAAUACGAGAGUGACAUCAGCGGGAGUUGGUAUCCUAGCUGGACAUGUUCCGAAACUUGAGACUAUAUCAUUGUCCUCCACACCAAUUGAUGAUCUUGCUAUCUCAUACAUUGCCAUGAUACCUUCACUAAAAGCUAUCGACGUAAAGGCUACGUAUGUGACAGGUGUCGACUCCUCAUUGGAAGUUCUUGGAAACCUCAAGAAUUUGGAAAAAUUAAAUCUUGAAGAAACCCCACUCAAGGAUGAAGGAGUGGGCCCGAUUUCAAACUUUAAAAAACUUAGCCAUUUGUCUCUUAGAAGCAGUUUCUUGACAGAUGUCUCGUUGCAGUAUUUGACAUCUGUCACAAAGUUAAAAACUCUGAGCAUUCGAGAUGCGAUUUUAACAAGCGCAGGAAUUGACUGUUUUAACCCUCCACCAUUUCUAAAAUCACUGGAUUUGACGGGAUGUUGGCUGCUGACCAAAGAUGUUAUAUUUUCAUUUGUUGAGAGGCAUCCUGGGAUCAAAAUAAGGCAUGAACUUGUUUGUGAUUUUGAAGAAGCGAAACAUACUUCACCUUUGCAAACAAGUGUGAGGAGAAGAUUUUCAUCAUCACCACUUAAAUAUGAAAUGUCUGCCAUUAUAGAUGAGAGGUUGAAAUAUAGCAGAGCAGAAUUACUAUCGAUGCAGUUUGCGUCCAUGGCGAUUGUUCCUCCCAGUGAUUCAGGUAUGUCAAUGUCACCCGAGUAGAAAAACAUUAUUGUAUUUGUUGAAAAAAAGAAAAUCCUUUUUAACAAGUUUGUACGAAUGAUAAGCUUUUAUUGUGAAAAAAUUAAACAAGUGCGAAGUAUUAUGUUACUAUGAGCAGGCUUGUUUGUUGUUUUUCAUAAAGACAUUGAGGUAUUGUUCUUUUAAUUU